AUGGGACGGCGCUCCGCCAAAAUUGCCGGAAGAAAGGGGGCUCAGGAUGCUAAGAAGGCCAAGGUAUGGGGCACGCUGGCCAAGAAGAUAGUGCAGGCAGCAAAAGCAGGCGGGGCAGACCCGGCAGGAAAUGCAAAGCUGGCCGAAAUCAUAAAGGCGUGCAAAGCCGUUGAGGUGCCGAAGGACAUCAUUGACAGAAACCUCAAGAAGGCAACUGAGAAGAACCAAUCAGACUUUCAGGAGGUGACUUACGAGGCUUACGGGGCUGGAGGUACGGGCUUCAUAGCGGAGUGCCUGACAGACAACGUCAACCGAUCGGCAACAGAUGUGCGCACGGCGAUAGUCAAAGCCGGCGGUAAAAUGGCCGACAGCGGAUCGGUGCUGUUCAACUUCCAGCGCUGUGGGGUGGUGCUUGUGACAGGCAGCUCUGAAGAGGAGGUCAUGAAUGCUGCUAUGGAAGCGGGGGCAGAUGAUGUGGUGCCUGCCGAGGGUGAGGAAGGGACUGUCGAGGGAUAUAAGGUGCUGACGUCACAGGAGGAGUUUGCAUCUGUGAGGGACUUCAUUCUGGAGCUGGGCCUCAAAGUGGACCACGACAGCUCAGGGCUCAUGUUCGCCCCUCUCACCUCCUUGGAGGUGGAUGAUGCGGCAUUUGAAAUCAACGAGGCAAUUCUGGACCGGCUGUUGGCAGUGGACGAUGUGGAUGCUGUGCAUACAAAUUGUGCAGGGCUGCAGCAUUGA